AUGACAGAGAAGGAUCUUGAGGCUGUGGCUCCAGCACCAACGGCGAGCACCGUGCCCGACGAGCCAUCGUCCAAGCUGGACACGAUUCAAGAGAACGAUGCUGUAGGAUACCGUGAAUAUCUCGAAGGUCUGGAUGUGGAAGUUUCGGACCAGGAAAUGCGCACAGUUCGCUGGAAGAUUGAUCUCAUCGUUCUUCCAAUCUUUCUCGUCACUCAGGCGCUUCAAUUCAUGGACCGGACGGCUUUAAACUAUGCCAAUCUCUUUGGCUACAAGCAAGCGCUGGGUCUGGAAGGCCAACAGUUCAAUUAUCUCUCAGCAAUUGUCUAUGCUGGCUAUUUCUUUGGGCAAUACCCCUGUGGAUGGCUCGUCGGCCGCUAUCCUGCACAGAGGGUCAUUUCCAUGGCCACGCUUAUAUGGGGCUUGACUGUAAUCCUUUUGACUCAGUGUCGGACUUAUUCGAGCGCAAUGGCUCUGCGUUUCAUCAUGGGCUUGUUCGAGGCUGCAGUCACUCCGGGGUUGACAUUGAUGACUGGCUUCUGGUGGACGAGGCGCGAGAUUCCCCUUCGUCAGUGCAUAUGGUAUUCGGCGUUGGGCUGGGGAGGGAUCGUCGGUUCAUACAUCUCCAUGGGAAUUUCCACCUUGCCAGCAGACCAUUCUCCAGAGCGAUGGACCCUGGUUUUUUAUAUUCUGGGCGGCUUCACCAUGCUGUGGUCUGCGGUCAUCUAUUUCUUCCUCCCAGACGCGCCAUCAAACGCAAAGUUCUUUAAUCAUCGAGAGCGUAUCGUCGCGGUCAAGCGGGUAGCCGGCAACGAAACGGGCAUCAAGAACAAGUCGUUCAAGAAGGAUCAGUUCUCGGUGGCCAUCAAGGACCCCAAGACUAUUAUCCUAUUCAUCUCCGUCAUAGGCGCUGCGAUCCCCAAUGGCGUCGUUAGUGCCUUUUCCACCGUCAUCAUACGCGACAUGGGCUUUUCGACGACCAAGACGACAGAGCUCAAGUCGGUAGGCGAUGCGGUUCAGGUUGUCUCGCUAUUCAUAGGCGGUUUAAUCACGCUGAAUGUUCCAAACAGCCGACUGCUAACUUCAACCGCAGCCAACAUUCUGUGUACUGUCGCUGCAGCAUGCAUGGGAUAUCUACCAAGAUCAAAUACCUGGGGACGUCUGGUCAGCUUCUGGCUCGUGAAUGCGCAAUCCGUCGGGUUUACCGUGUCUCUCACAACCAUCUCAUCGAACAUGGCGGGUUAUACGCACAGGUCGUUUGCUAGCGCCGCAAUCUUUACAGGAUACUGCUGGGGCAACUUUGCAGGAGUCUUUGUAGUCAAGGAAUCCCAAGCACCAUACUAUAGUGGCGCCACGAUCGGACUUUUGGUUGGAUACUCUAUCAAACUCGGCUGCCAUCUGCUACUACUGGGUUAUAUGUUUUACAACAAUCGCAAAAGAGAUAGGGUCUAUGGGCCCGCGAAUAAGGAAGCAUCCGAUGAGGCAGGCAUGCAGGACAAGACUGAAUUUGAGAACAAGGAUUUCCGUUAUGUUUUGUAG